AUGGAUGCUGACUUGCGGCACCAAAUACGUUCACUAGUGUCUGCUAGAGACAAGAUAUCUGACACCCUAAAGCGGAUCAAAUUACAGUCUAAGGGAAUUUAUAUCACAAAGGGCUUUAGAAGGAGCACUCACGACGGCAUAGUCACUGGGAAAGGACAUUACAAUAAUCGUGACUAUGGUAGGAGGGUUUCCAGCCAUUUCAACAACCAAUCCAGUGAUUAUAAUUCCAUACAUACUGAUAAAAAAGGGGAAACUGGACUAAAUCCAACUUCACAGGUUGAUGAUGGUGAUUCUAUGGAUACAGUUGAGGCUAGGCCCAAGCUAGACAAUAGCUUAUCACAGGGACAGAAGAGGAUGUUGUCUGUUAAUAUUUUGGGCUAUUUGAGAAAGGCUAAAAAUCAACUGGAUUUUGAAGGUACCACUGAAAAGAGUAAAAAACAAAAGGAAGUUGAAAAUUCAGUGGAAGAUAAAAUCCGAAUUGAAAAGGAGCGAAUUGAAACGGAAGUUGCUAAGGAAUUAGAAGAAAAGAAGACCCAAGCUCUCACCAAAUUAGAAGAGAUACAGAAACAACUGGACGAAAAGGAGGAUCAGUUGUUAAAAAUGAAGUUAAUUGAGCACCACAAAGAAUUAAGCGCAUAUAUACAAACUAGAUGCAAUCCGCCAAUUUUGUGGUUGCCAAGCAAGAUGAAUGAGGUGACAUCUGCAUUGUUGGAGAAUUCUAAACAGCUGCAACAGGCAAAAAUUGACCAGAUCGAAAUUCGCUUUAGCAAACCUGAGGAUGUUGAAAUGGAGAUUUGA